AUGAAGUCCUCUGCUCUUCUUGCCUUGGCCACCUCGCUGGGUGCUUAUGCUGCCCCGGCUUCACUCAAGCGGGACACGGCUACCUACGACAUCAUCCUCUCCAAGUCUGCUGAUGUUGCUGCUAUUCUGUCCCAGCUCGACAUCACUGUCGAUGAUGAGUCCGUGACCAGCACCUACAACAACAGCUUCUUCAAGGGUUUCUCUGGCUCUUUCUCCGCUGAACAAGUUGAGAAGCUUAACGGCAUUGCUGAGGUCUCCAUUGUGGACUCGGCUCUGGAGGCCACUAUCAAGGCUACUCGUUCCAGUGCUCCUUGGGGUCUGCAGCGUAUCUCUCAAACCGACAGCAUCUCAAACACUGCCAGCCCCUCUUCCACCUCGUAUACUUACACCUACUCAUCCACCGCCCUCGGCUCCGGCGUUGACAUUUACAUUGUCGAUACCGGCAUCCGUACCAGCCACACUCAGUUUGGCAGCCGUGCCACUGUCGGUUGGAGCGCCUUUACGUCUCAAACUGAUGAUAACGGCCAUGGCACUCACGUUUCUGGAACCUCCGCGGGUAACACUGUUGGUGUUGCCAGCAAUGCCAACCUUAUUGGUGUCAAAGUCCUCGACGCCUCCGGUAGUGGAACUUCCUCUGGUUUGAUCGGCGGUAUCGACUACGUCGCUUCCCAGCAUGAAUCUCGUUCGGGUGAGAGCGGCUUCGUCGGUUCUGUCGCAUCCCUGUCUCUUGGUUUCAACGGCCGCUCCACGGCAGUUGAGAGCGCUCUUGUUGCCCUGUCCGACGCUGGUGUGCACAUUGCAGUUGCCGCUGGAAACGACGGCGAUGAUGCCUCGAACUACACUCCCGGAUCUCUCGGAGGCGACGUCAGCAACAUCAUUUCCGUUGGCGCCGCUAACAUCCUCGACGAAGUUGCGUACUUCUCGAACUCCGGCCCGACGGUUGACCUCUACGCCCCUGGUGUUACCACCUACUCUUCUUACUACAACAGCGACACUGCCUACGCUGUCGCCAGCGGCACGAGCAUGGCCACUCCCCACAUCAGCGGUCUUCUUGCCUACCUCCUUGCCUCCGACUCCAGCCUCAACGACCCGGCCACCCUCAAGGCUUACGUCAAGUCCCUGGCUGUUUCUGGAUACCUCACCGCAGGCGACGCCGACGUCACCCCCGGCGGAGAGCUCAUCAUCGCCCAGAAUGGCGCGAGCGGGUCCAGCUCCACCGUCGACGAGACCGAGACCACCCAGGCCGCGGCUGAUGAGGAGGUCAUCGACCUCGGAAUCUUCUACUAA